UUGUUGUAAAACCUGUUAUCAAAGAAGAUGGAAAUAAGACUUUACAUACAAUUCAAGGCUUAACUGGCCGUACUCUUAUAAUUGAUCCAAGUUGGAAUAAUCCUUCAGGAGAAUUUCGUGUUGGUAUUAAGAGAUUAUAUGAGCUAUUUCCAAAAAAUCUGGCUAAAAGGCUUCAACAGGAACAUAAAGAAAACUUUGUAAAUGAACAUCAUCGGCUUCAAGCAGAAGCACAACAAAAUCUCACUACUUGGGAAGAAUCUCAUUCUGCUUCUUCGAAUCUAUCAGAAUGUGAUCUUGCUACCAAAGCUGAUCUUGAAGCAAGGCUAGAAGUGUUAAAAGAUAUGUUAAAAAGUUAUGAUGAUCCCGGUAUACUUUUAGAUGUGGUUGUAUUCUUUGAUGGAAGUGAUUGGAGAGUUAUUAUUGAUGUUGAUGAAA